AUGUUCAGAGGAAUCUACAGGGGAACACAAAAACAUCAAGAUGACUUUUUGGAUGUGGUAGAGAGAGCAGUGAAAGUUGGUGUUAAAAAGUUUCUGAUUACAGGUGGAAGUCUACAAGAUAGUAAAGAUGCAUUGCAGCUGGCACAGACAAAUGACAUGUUUUACAGUACAGUUGGCUGUCAUCCUACCCGUUGUGGAGAGUUUGAGCAGAGUAGCCCUGAACAGUAUUUAUCUGAAUUAAAAAAUCUGAUUGAAAAAAAUAAGACAAAGGUAAUAGCAGUUGGAGAAUGUGGCUUAGAUUUUGAUAGAUUAGAAUUUUGCCCAAAGGACAUCCAACUCAAGUAUUUUGAAAAACAGUUUGACCUGUCAGAACAGACACAACUGCCCAUGUUUCUCCACUGCAGAAACUCACACGCUGAAUUUUUAGAUGUAAUGAGAAGAAACCGAGAGAGAUUUGUGAGAGGGGUGGUACAUUCUUUUGAUGGCACAAAGGAAGAAGCAGCAGCUAUGUUAGAUUUGGAUCUUUAUAUUGGAAUAAAUGGCUGUUCAUUGAAAACAGAAGCCAACUUGGAAACGCUGAAAUCAAUCCCUAGUGAACGAUUAAUGAUAGAGACUGAUGCGCCUUGGUGUGGAGUGAAAAAUACUCACGCUGGAUCAAAAUACAUUAAAACUACAUUUCCUACAAGAAAGAAAUGGGAAAUAGGGCACUGCUUGAAGGACAGAAAUGAACCCUGCCAUAUAAUUCAAAUACUGGAAAUAAUGGCAGCAGUAAGAGAAGAUGACCCGCUUGAGUUGGCCAAUACUCUAUAUAACAACACCAUUAAAGUCUUCUUUCCAAAUAUAUAAAGUUGCUUUUCUUACAUUUAUUCAGCAUAACAUUAGUAAACGUAUUGCAAAAACAUAAAAAUUAUAAUCUCUGCAAGUUCUAAUCAAUGGAAGCCAAUAUGUAGUUGUUUGGUUUUUUUUUUACGGUACAAGAUUAAAGCUGCUUUUGAAAAGGUG